GCACUUCCGGCGCGCCGGAACAGAGGCGGGCCGCGGUGACCGCCGGGGAGCCGGAAGCCGGGAAGAUGGUGGUCACCAGGUCCGCGCGGCCUCAGGCCGGGGUCCAAGCCGCAUCAGCUGAAAGCUCCCGGGAGAAGAUUUCUGCUGCUGAAAGAAUUCAAGCACACUCAAAAGGCAGGAAGGACUCUCCAUCUGAUGACCAAAGUUCUGCUGAAUCACAGAGCACGAGAAAACAAAGUCCAGUCUCUAGAACUCCUAAAACCAGAAGGAGGAAGAGCAGACCUACAAGCUCAUUACAUGAGCAAAUGGACAGACCACCUACUGAUGGAGAGACCUCUGAAGCAGAGUCAGAUUGUUCUUCUGUGUCUGAACUCCAGGGUCCCAUUUUAAGAAUAACUAGAAGGCGGCAGAUCUUAAUUGCCUGCACUCCAGUGUCUAGUGCUAGGAAAAGGCUGAAAAUAACUCCAAUAAAUGAAUCUCAUACUGAAGAAGUCUCUGAAGCAGAAUCGCAUGUUUCAGGUAUUUCUAGAAUUGUGCUUCCCACAAUAAUGACUGCAAGAACCAGAAGUCAGGCUAAAUCCCUAACAGACCCAAGCCAAGAAUCACAUGGGGAAGCUGUUUCUGAUGCUGAGUCAUCAUGCUCAGACAUGUCUUCCUUUUCUGGAAUUUCAACUAGGAGAACAACCAGGAGUAUGCAGAGGAAAAUACAGGCACAAACUGGGGAGAAAGAUGAUGUAAGAGAGGAAAAACAGGCCAGUGUUGCACCUCUCAAAGAAAUAACAAAGAAGAAUUCUAAGAGUUUAGAUGAAGAAGCCAAAGGAAUGACAGAUCAGGGAAAAGAAAUUAAUGAGAAAAAUUCUCAGUUGAAGAGUCUUUCUGAACUUAAGGACGCUAGCAUUCAGCAGUUAAUUUCUCAAAGGCAUUCAACCCCUCAAAGUAAGAAAACUGCCUCAGAGCCCUCAAAUCUGAACUGUGAGGCUAUAAUGAAAUCAUUAGCUCAAACAUUUGCGGUUGUGGAAGUGGACAGAUGGGAUGCAAAAAGAAAGAGCACCAUAAAAACAAGUGACUUGGCAGAAUUUGAUGAUGGUGGUCAUAGUGAUGAAGAACAGUGCACAGUUACAGGUGUCAGGGAACAUAUGAACGAAGGGGAUAUAGAUUUUGAGUGUGAAGAUGUGAACAGAGAAAGGGAUACAGAUUUUGAGUGUGAAGACAUGAAUGAAGAAAGGGAUACAGAUUUCGAGGGUGAUACCAAACUGUACAAGUCUGAGUUCAACACAUCUCAGGAUAAAGGUGAUUCUGUUUUAUUAGUUCUCAGCAGUGAUGAAAGCCAGCAGUCCAAAAACAGUGAGAAUGAAGAGGACACUGUGUGUUUUGUUGAAAACAGUGGUCAAAAAGAGUCAUUAAAUGAAGACUCAGAAAAUAUGUCAUGUGACAAUGCAUUGUUUGUAAUUGACACAACUCCUGGAGUGAGUGCUGAUAAAAAUUUUUACUUGGAUGAGGAAGACAAGGCAAGCGAGGUUGCCACUGAGGAAGAAAAAGAAGAGGAUGAAAAAAGUGAAGAAGAACCAUCAGACAGUGAUGAAAAUAAGGAUAGUGAGUUUAGUGAUGAAGAUGAUUUACUAAAUGGCACAAAGUCUAAACUUCUGAAGUUGACAAGCAGCAGCAUAGACCCUGGUUUGAGUAUCAAGCAAUUGGGUGGUUUGUAUAUUAAUUUCAAUGCAGACAAACUACAGUCGAAUAAGAGAACUCUAACACAGAUCAAGGAGAAAAAGAAAAAUGAGCUUCUGCAAAAAGCCAUCGUUACACCUGACUUUGAAAAAAACUACUGUGUCCCACCAUAUAGAGAGUCAAAGUAUCAACUUCAGAAAAAACGCCGAAAAGAGCGACAAAAAACAGCAGGUGAUGGCUGGUUUGGUAUGAAAGCUCCAGAAUUGACAGAUGAACUGAAAAAUGAUCUCAAAGUACUGAAGAUGAGAGCUAGCAUGGACCCAAAAAGGUUUUACAAGAAAAAUGAUAGGGAUGGCUUCCCCAAGUACUUCCAGAUUGGAACCAUCGUUGACAAUCCAGCUGACUUCUACCAUUCGCGAAUUCCCAGGAAGCAAAGGAAGAGAACUAUUGUGGAAGAGCUGCUGGCUGACUCUGAGUUCAGAAGAUAUAACCGAAGGAAGUACUCAGAGAUCAUGGCUGAAAAGGCAGCAAAUGCAGCAGGAAAGAAGUUUCGAAAGAAGAAGAAAUUUCGCAAUUAAGAUUCACCAAGCAAACCACAAUAUUUUACAUCUCCCUUUUAUUUAUCUACUAAAGAUGUUUUGAAAACUAACAACAAACAUCACAUAAAUUAAUAUAGACUGGCCCUAUUUAUAUACAGGGAUUUCUGUUUGGAAAAAGUUGAUUUGAGAGAGACUCAAUCACGUGUCCCUUGGAAUAAAAAUAGGUGUGUCUACAAAAGACCCACCCAUGCUUAGACCUCUUGAGGGAAAAAAAGGAAAAGAACCUCAACCCUUUAAGAUAACGUCUUUGUAAAGUUUUCAGUGCUUGGUUAUUUAAAGAAAAUUGAUUAAAAGACAUUUACAAAGUAUAAA